AUGACUGUAUCAGGGGAAAAGACAGACGGCCGCCAUGAGCGCCGAUGCUUUGAAGAUGCUGGUUUCCCUGUUGUUGUUAUUAAACUUUCGACUAUCCCGGGAAACGGCAGCUGUCCCCUGUCAUAUCCACUUUCGUUCACGGCCAAGGAGCAUGCCCAAUGGCAACGAAAGGACCGUCUUGACGAUUUGGACAAUGAGUGUCUGACAGAGCUUCGUGUUACAAACCCGCAAAAAGACAGAAAGAGUAUCGUCGAUGCAAAAGGUGGUCUAUUUCACGAAUCCUCCAGCUGGAUUCUGGAGAAUGAGGAGUACAAACAAUGGCUCACUGGUAGCGAGAAUACGCUCUUUUGGGUCAAGGGUGAUCCAGGAAAAGGAAAAACAAUGCUUCUGGCCGGAAUCAUCACGGAGCUCGAGCGGCCCUCGCCGGACAGUGUUUUCUACUUCUUCUGUCAAACUACAGAACCUCGCCUAAGGACUGCGACCAACGUCCUUCGCGGGCUUCUCUGGUCACUCGUACGAACCCGAGCUUAUAUGAUCCAUCACGUCCGUAAAGACUACAAGAAGGAAGGCAAAGGCGUAUUCAGCGACAGUAACGCCUGGCAGACCUUGUGUGACAUUCUCAUUGCUAUCCUUGAAGAUGGGGACCUCGUCCAAGAUUGCGUGUUCGUCGUCGACGCCUUGGACGAGUGUACAACCGACCGAGAUCAACUUUUGAAAUUCAUCGGUCGGGCGUCGACCUCUUACAAAGCCAAAUGGAUCGUAUCCAGUAGAAACUGGUUCGAGAUCGAGAAGAGAAUGGAUUGUAUCCAGAAGAAAGCACGGCUACAGUUGGAAAUGAACGCCGCUGCCAUAUCAGACGCUGUCAAGAAAUACAUCACAAGGAGGAUUGAUAGGCUGGAUGCAGAGAACAAUUACAGGGAGUCUACUCGCAAAGAAAUACAGAAACAUCUGCUAGCCAACGCAGACGACACUUUCCUUUGGGUCUCACUAGUCUGCGACGAGCUGGGCAAGCCUGAUGUCAUGUCCCACCAUAUUGAAACUGUUCUGAAUUCUUUCCCUGCAGGUCUUGAAAAGCUUUAUGAAAAGAGGGUUGAGAAGAUCAAUGGGUCUCGAGAAAGAGAUCUACGCAAAGCUGCGCUCGGAGUUGUUGGUGUUGCAUAUCGCCCUCUUACUCUUGCCGAGCUUGGUUCAUCAGACUCAAUGCUUGAGCAGGCUUAA